AUGUCUUCACUCUUCUCAUCCCGAUCUAAAUCGCAGGUCCGAAUUAGUUCUCAAUCCAACAAAAGCUCCAAUGAAGGGUUUGGUGACUUCGAGAAUAGAAGCCGCCUAUCAUUCUCCAAGAUGCGGAAGAAAAGGCCGCCUCCCAUCAAUAUCGCGGUGGCCGGAAAUGUUAUCAUCACAAAUGCCACUCCGACCUCCCAGGUGAUAUAUGCAGAUAUGCCAUGGUCAGCCUCAAACCCCCCGACUCCCCGCGCAAACGUUUGCUCCAACCCGGGAUGUAUGGCCCGCGAUACGAUGCCCAUGAGCUCACCCGUGGAUGCUCAAUUAAGGUUGAACAGCCCACAUACAACCUGUACUUGCCAGCAGUACAUUCAGUCAACACCAUCGAACCCAUCUUACAUCUCUCCUCAUCAUGCAUGCUUCUCAGCAGCAGAGCUUCCAGGUUCAUUUGCAUCUCCCAAGAGCAGUGUUGAGCUCGAUGCACCCACAACUCCAACAAGGCUCACAUUCGAUCAUCUCGACGAGCAUAUAUUGGACUCCCCCCCGAACUUGACGUUGAGUCCAAAGACUGAGCCGACGCAAUCAACCAGGCAAGACCGUUACCAGUUCGGUCAGUUGCUAGAAACAGAGCCAACUCGCAACGGGAAGUCCCUAAGACAGAUGGAUUACGAUGAGCUCAUGGAUAUCCUCCCAGACCUUACUCCGGGUCAAGUCAAGAUGUACUGGAAUCCAGCCAUCCGCAAAGAGCUUGAGGAAGAAAAGCAGACCAGCCCUGCUUCAGCUGCUAGAUCAAGUCGAUGGAGUGAGCGCAACGAGGUAUAUGAUGGCGGAGAAGACCCCGAGCAGGUCAGAGCUGAGUGCGAGAUCCGGUUAAACACCAAAGAGAACGAAAUCACAGGCCUUCUGCGGCUUCAUGACUCGCGAAUCAAUGCACUUUGCAAGUUCAUAUCUGAACAUCUCGAGGACCAGCUUGAGGGUCCGGAAAAUGACAACAACCAGGAAGUACGAGAGAUCAUAUCGGCUCAACAGCGUCGAGGAAGAGACCCCUUUGACGCAGACCUCCAGCACAUGUACCAGUCUGGACAGAUCCAGGAGCUGCAAGACCAUAUAUCUAAACUGGAACCAGUCGCUAUACGCAACGAAAAGCGAGCCAGAACAUACAAGGCCAGGGCCAAGUCUCUGCAGGCGGAUCUCAUGGCUUCGAAGGAGACUGAGCAGCUUCUCAAGCAAGAGCUCAUCGAGAAGGACGCCUAUAUCGACACGCUUAAUAACAAGGUGACCCAGCUCCUGACCAUGCGCCCUGAUCCGUUUUCCCCGUCUGAUACCCGAGGGUCCCGGAAGCAUCUACCUUCGCCGGCUCCAUGUGACUGGAAACGGGCAGAAGAGCUCAAGCACCAGGUCGCUACCUGA